AUGCCCCAAUCUGCAAAAUCUCUAUCUGUUAACAUUACUGAUACUGCUGUCGAAGCACAGUCAUGCCAUAAUAUGGAAUAUCUCGAUCUUGAUGACUAUAUGUUUAUUACCGAUUCAUCUAUAUGCGAUAUUGCAUGUUCAUAUCCAAACCUUCAACAUCUUGAUCUUAGUGCACGUGAACUCUUCAUUACUGAUAUAGCUAUCAAGAAAUGUUCUAAUCUAAAAAUUUUCUUGAGAAAGAUUCCACCACCAACACAAGCUGAAAAUUCGUCAUUAGAGCUGGAAGACAAACCUUUGAAUGACACAGUAGAGAGAAUAGAAAGGUUGCAUGUUCUACAAGCUGGCCAAGGAAUUUUAACGGGCUGCAUGUUGAUCAUCGUGAUUGAGGCGUAG